AUGGUGAACGUGUGCAACGACGGGGAGGAGUUGGCGAGUUUGAACUUUUUUUGGUUCAGUCCGAAAGAAGAAGGAGGGAGCUGCUCCGUGGGAGAUGUGUCGGUGUGCAUGGCCUACAAAAACUUGUUUUCCACCUUGUCUGCUGCAGCAGCAGCAGCAAAAGUGGACUGGAGCAGCAGCGCUCUGGCCGCAUGCAGGGGCCCCCAGGCCGCGGGCCUCGCGCCCGAGGCCUUCAUGCUUUCUUCCGACGACUCCAGCGACCUCUACAGAUACCUCUUGAUGUUUUGCAUUUGCUGGAACAUCACUUUCUUGACUCUGACUCUUUUCUUCUUCUACAUCAAGUACAGCAGCAAAAUGGACUCCAUCUUCUUCCUCCCCAAACGCCCCAAGGAGAACCUCCUCCUCAAAAUCUUCAGGCCCUUCUCCCCCUUCACCCGCUGA